AUGCGCUCCCAGCAGGCCGAUCUCGAGCGCAAUGCCCAAAUCCCUUCAAAUGUUGGGGAUGACAGCGACGAGGAGACCAAAGUCGGCCACGACACUCUUGUUAGGGCUGGAACGGAGAAGAUCGAGAAAAACGACUUUAACAAGGUGUCUUACCUCGAUGCCAAUGGAGUCGCAGUUUCUCAAAAGACACCGGCUUCCCCGAAGCCCAAACGAAAGCGACGCGUCUGGAUGAUUAUUGGAGGGGUGACCUUGCUACUUCUAGUCCUGGCGGGCGCUCCACUCUUAGCCAUGCUCAUUACUCGAAAUAUUGCCAGCGACAGUCGCUCACCCACCACGUAG